AUGGCGUCACAGGCCACCGAUGCUCGCAAGAGGUCAAUCAACCACCUCUCAGCCACUGACGACGGGCCGCGGAAACGACUCCAGUCCAGCAGCAGCCCGGCCACCGGCAGGGCUGGAGACGGCGGCGACGAAGAUGACGGCGAGGACGAGUCCGAAAACCUAUGGCCAAACUACAAGGAGCUCGAGGCGUAUCGCAAGGAGGCCAUCUAUCGGCAGCUGCUCGAUAGCCGGCGGAAGCUGUCGCGAUCCAAUCGCCGCCUAAAGGCUGCCGAGGGCGAUGUAGACCGGGCACAACGCUCGUCCUCUCAUCUGCGGCUCUUCUGGGACCAGCUUGUGGAGCGCGUCGUCUCCCGGAUACCGCCAGAACACCGUCAGCGGCUCGUUCCGAUCGACCCCGAGCUCUCCGCCGACGCCCUCCAACAGCUGCUAGAGGGCCAGCUCGACGCCAUCGCCUCGUUUGUCUCUUCCGGACCAGGCGGGUCAGCGGCUGCUGCUGCUGCGCCCGACGUCGCACAGCUGCAAAGGCGCUGCGACGAGCUGGCCGAGCAGUCGGCCGCCUACAAGCGCGACCUCUUCCUCUCCCAGUCGAAGCUCGAGCGCAGCGAAAAGGCGCUCCGCGAGAGCACCUCGAAGCUCUCGAGGCUAGAAAAGGAGUUUGUCAGAUCGCAGAGCGAAGUGGUCCGCGUCAUAGAGGGGCGCAAGUCUCCGAGCGCACAGCCAGACGCCCCAAAGGCCGCCGGGUCGACACCGACGCCCGCGUCCGCGCCAGCGCCAGCGCCAGCGAGUGGCUCGACCGUGGUGGUCAAGCAAGAAGCGGAUAGCCCAGCAGCACCCUCGCACCCGCCCGCCGACGCGCAGGCCAUCGUCGAGCUCCGCGACCAGCUGUCCCAAGCUCAGGAUAGCCUCGUCGUCGCCGAGCGGGAGAGCGACGCCCGCUUCGCCGAGAUCCAGGGCCUCAACGAGGAGAUCAAGGAGCUCAAGCUGAGCGUGCACCAGCUCAAGGAGCAGUCUCAAAACAUCCCGGCGGAACGGGUCGAGGCUUCUGCGGUGUGCCAGGAGCUGCGUGCCAAGCUCGCACAGGCGCAGCGCGAGCUCGCAGCGACCGAGGAACGCCUUGUCAGCCUCGAAACCGAGAAUGCCGAGCUGCGCGAGGAGCAAGCCAGCCUCGCCAAGGCCAGCGGGACGGAGCUCAACGAGCGCAUCGCGGCGCUGGAAAAGACGGUCAAGAGCCGCGACUCUGAUGUGACCCGACUGCGGCGGCAGCGCGACGAGCUCAAUGCCGAGCUCACGGAGCGGCGGCAUCGCGAGCAGGUCAAGUUCAACCAGAUCGACGAAAUGAAGGCGCUCGUGGGCGUCAAGGAGGAGCGGCUGGCGGUGCUGACGGGCUACGUCAAGCGGCUGCGGAUCACGAUUGCCGCAUCGCGCGGCGAACAGGCGGCCGUCGAGGCGCUAUCGACCGGGGCGGACGAGGCCGACCAGCUCGACAAGCUCGCCAGCGCCGCCAAGGCCGCCCAGGCCGAGGUCGAACAGCUGCGUCGGAGGCUCGCAGAGUCCGGGCAGGCCGAGACCAACGGCGCCGACAGCGCCGCACCGCCGCAGUCGACCGAGCAGCUCCAGGUCGAGGUCGAGCGGCUCAAGCUCGAGCUGCGCGCUGCCGGCGACUCUUCGACGGCGCUCUACGACGAGAUUGACCGCCUCAGCACGGCCUACAGCGACCUCGAGAAGAAGGUCAGCAACCAGGUGCUGGACCUCAGCAAGAUGGAGAACAAGAUGCUGCGGCUGACGACCGAGAAGUCCAAGGCGGACCAGAAGUUCUUCGGAACGAUGCGGAUCAAAGAGAGCCUCGAGGUCGAGAACCGCGCUGCGCUGCGCAACGUCGAGCGGCAGACGAAGCUGGUCGAGCUGCUGACGGAAAACGAAAAGACGUUUGCGGGGCAGCUGCAGGCGCACGAGCGCGAGGUGACGCUGUUCAAGCGGGCGAUGCAGGAGCACGUCAAGCGCAUCGCGACGCUCGAGGCCGAGCUCGAGGCGUCUCGGGCGCGGCUGGCCGAGGUCGAACGCGUCAAGGCCGAGGCCGAGGGCUCUGCGAAGGAGCUCAUCGACGCGGCGACCGACGAGCGGAACGCAAGGAGGCGGCUCGAGGAGCAGGUGGCACGCCUGGAAAAGGACCUGGAACGAGCACAGAGGAAGGCGGCCCGCGCCGUCGCCGCUGCCGGUUCGAGUGGUGGCGGCGGCAAGGUGGGCCGCAAGGGCAUGGAUCCGGACGAGGAGGCCAAGGAGGCGGCUUUCCAAAUGCUCAUGUGCUCGACGUGCCAGGAGAGCUGGCGGUCGCGGCUGAUUACCAAGUGCUUCCACACCUUCUGUCAGGAAUGCGUCGACUCGCGCAUCCAGACGAGGCAACGCAAGUGCCCGCACUGCGCCAUUCCGUUUGCCGUCAGCGACGUCCAGACGCUCUAUCUGCAAUGA